GAGAAGAAGGACCCUGUGGAGGCACCUCCCCCGAAAGACGGCUUCCUACGGGCUGCUUCUCCACCAACACCGGAAACCGGCGGGCUUGAACUGCGCCCUACAGAUCAUUCCUGAACAGAGAGCCAAGCCGAACGUCCAAUGAGGCAGAAUGAUAUAAGACCGGUCUUGUCUCAUCACGCAGUUUGGCAAGAACACUGGCAAUCCCUUACUGAACUGAUUCUGUUCUCAAAUCUUGAAGUUCUCACCGACAUUCGACAGUCUGGCAGAGUCGCACGCAGUUCAAGAUGGCCGUCGCGCAGCCAGUCAUCGUCUCUUUGAACGACCUCAAGACAGGCAACAUUUCCUUUGAGACAUUGCAAGAGGCUUUUGGCCCCGAAUCUCUUGGGAUCCUUGUCGUAAAGGAUGUUCCUCAGGAAUUUGCCGAGCUAAGGCACAGACUCUUGUCGUAUGCUUCAUACAUGGGCAACCUGUCAGAAGCGGAUUUUGAGAAAUUCACAAAUGAGGCAGCCAAGUAUCUAGUUGGAUGGUCUAAGGGUAAGGAGCAACUGAAAGACGGCAGCGUGGACGAGUACAAAGGCUCCUUCUACGCCAACUGCGCCUUCUAUGUCGAUCCAAAGCUCGAAGCUGCGCAGCCUACAGCCAAAUUCCCACUGGCAGACUUUCCGGAAUAUUUGGCGCCAAACUCGUGGCCCCCAAAGGAGAUGCUGCCUGGUUUCCGCCCAACAAUGGAGCAGAUGUGCAGCCUGAUCAUAGACACUGCGGUGCUUGUCGCUCGGGCGUGCGACCGCUUUGCUGAGAGUGAGAUUCCGGACUACCCCAAGGCAUACUUGGAGCACGUCGUGAAGACGUCGGCGACGACCAAAGCUCGCCUACUGCAUUACUAUCCGAUGCCCGAGGACGUUCUCGCCAAGGGCAAGGCUGCAGCCGAGGAAGAUGACUGGUGUGCUGUGCACAAGGACCAUGGAUGCCUGACGGGCUUGACUUCGGCCAUGUUCGUUGACGAAGGCGUCACGGAUGCCAGCGUGCCCAAGCACAGCUCCGUCGACCAGCUGCUGCCCUUACUCAGCGAGCUUCCGACUUCACCAGACCCACAAGCUGGCUUGUGGAUCAAAGACCGCAAAGGUGUCUCAGUUCAGGUCAAGAUACCGCGAGAUUGCCUGGCCUUCCAGACAGGUGAGGCACUCGAAAGGAUCACGGGAGGCAAGUUCAAGGCUGUCGAGCACUCUGUACGGGGUGCCUUUGCGAAGGGGGUGGCGCGGAACACUCUGGCUGUCUUUACACAACCCAACCUGGACGAUGAGGUCGACCUCGACCAGCACAUCAACUUUGGCGAGUUUGCGAGAGGUAUCAUUGCCAAGAACACUGUAUGAUGAUAAGGGUCGCCUGUUGGGCACUUUUGAAAUGAGAUAUCUAAGGCAACACUGUCAUGUCCCGCUCAC